AUUAGCCUCAAAGAAUUUAGUAAAUAUUAUGAAUGAUUAAACUAACCUUGGUGCGUGUUUAAAUUUUUAUGAAUUAUGGAAUUCAUUUUUAGAUUGAUGUAUUCAUUCGAUCGAAAUAUAAAUGAUUAACAUAUUAUAAAUUAUAAUUCUGAUGAAUUUUUUGUACGUUUUAUUUUAUGAUCUUCAAACUCCGUAAUUAUUUGAAAGAAAAAAAAAAAAUUCUGUCGCGGCAAUGACACGGACAAUUUCGUAAGAUCUUACAUUCGAUCACGAAAUGUUCAUGUAUAUACGAAUGUCGUAAUCAACGGACUAGAAAAGACUUUCGAUGAUCGUAAUUGAUUAAGGAAUUGUCUAUCGAAAGGAGUUUUCGAUGUCGAGGUGAUUCGCCUUCUUUGGCGAUGACUCAUUCUUAGAAAGCUGGAAGAGCAGUGUUCACUAAUCUACUUCGAUCAAUCUAUCGAUCCUGUAUCCUUCGAAUAAGAGUCUUUUUUAAUCGAUAAAUCCUUAAGAUCAUUGUCCUUGGUUCGUAUGAAUCAUCGUAAAUUUUGUACCUUUCAAAAGAAUGAUACAAAAUUACAUGAUUUAUUCUAUCUUUGGAUCGAAGCAUUUAAGUUGAUAAAAUGAGUGUUCCUCUUUUAUUUAACUAAGAUACGAAUAAAACAGUUAUGAUUAAUCAGUGAAUAAUUUCCUUAAGAUACUUUGUAUUUCCUUACUUUACUCGAAGAUCCUACAAAUGUGCUCUUUUACUUUUUGUGUUUGUAAAAAAAAAAAAAAAAGAAAAAAAAAAAGAAAAAAAAAAAAAAAUACAGUAAAAUGAUAAAUCGCGAUUUGUCAUAGUUUAUUUGUUUAUGGGCGCGUCUAUAGACAUUGAUCUUUCAUGUCAAGAUUUACCAAGAAUUUUUUAUAAAACAUACUUGGUUGGCAAAGAGUGUCACGAUCAGCUUAAGACGGCGUAAUUCGAUCGGUAGACUCGAAGUUCGUAUUACGAGUACCACGAUGGCUUAAGAAGCAAGAGAUAGUAAACGACUGAUAUUGCAAACGGUGAACGUGUAAAAAUCGAAUUAAUUUUAUUUUUAAGAUCUUCCUCGUCUUUCAUCGAAGAAAAGAGGAAUUAAAAGAUUUCAAAGAUGUCGGAGUAUUGCGAAUACAUGUGGGAUCCGAGUGGUCACACAAGUACGUCACUUUCUCGGAGUAUUUACCAAGAAGAUGCGAAGUUGGACAAGCGAGACAAAAAGCUGGCCAUUAAAUCGGUCCGAGCGAUUCUCCGAGAGAUGCCGGAUGUGGACUUGAAACAUUGCACGGACGAAUAUAUUACGCGCUUCCUGCUCGCACGGAAGUAUCGGGCCGAGCAAGCAGCUGCUCUGAUAGCUGCUUAUCAAGCUCAGAUAGCUCAUCGACAGGAUAUUUUCGGUAAUCUUACUGCUCGUGAUCCUGCCUUGCAACGAGCUUUACGUGCUGGUAUACCCGGUGUUUUACCUGCUCGCGACAGGAAAGGCAGGUGUGUUUUAGUAAUCCUAGCUUCACAAUGGGAUCCUAUUGCAGUGCCAGCGUUAUCAGUUCAACGAGCUAUUUUUUUAGUCCUUGAAAUUCUAAUUCAAGAUCCAAGAAACCAGCAAUCCGGUUUCGUUGCUGUGGUAGAUUGGAGUGGAUUUUCUCUGCGGCAAGGCGGUGCAUUAGGUGCAGCAGCUCUUCGAAACUUGAUAGCUGCGCUUCGUGGUCGAUUUCCGGCCAGAUUCAAGGCUAUACACUUCCUUUCGGCUCCUUUAUACGUUCAAGCUACUUUGGCUCUUGUUAAACCUUUUCUGGAUGAAAAGACUCGUAAUAAGAUUUAUCUGCAUGGAAAUAAUCUUAGUACUCUUCACGAGCAUCUCCCAACGGAUAUUCUACCUGCCGAAUUAGGGGGCACUGGGCCAUCCUUUAAUCCUGGUCUUUGGGCCGAGCCAGUCAUUCAUUCAGCAAUGAAGGAAGCUGAAUUGGCAGCUUUGAAAAAGGAAAAGGAACAAUUACAAGAUGAAAGAAAUGAGAAUGCUUCUGAAAGACUGACAAACUUUGCCGACGAUGACAAAGUCGUGGAAUCAAAGAACGUUGAAAAUUACAAAAGAAAUGAACCAGUUUUCGAAGGACACAAACACGAAAAAGAAAGUUUCAAGAGUUUUGGUAAAUCCUAUCGAAAUAAUGGAGAUGGGAAAAGCGUGGAGCUAAGUUUGAUUAGAACUACAGUUAGUUCUUUCGAUUCGAAAAAUGCGAACAAGAUAGAAGAACAAAAAGAUAGAACUCGUUUAAUAGAAGUUUCUGAAAGUAAUAAUGGUAAUGAAGUUAAAACUAAUGGUUUGGAUAAUAGAAUGGAUCAUUUAAGAGAAGUCGACGACUUGGCAUUACUCGAGUUACAAUCUGAAACGAAUUCGAAUGAAUUUGAAAUGAUAUCUAGUAGGCCCGAUAGUGAAGAUAGCAAAGACAAUUCAUUAGAAAAUAGAUCGGAAAAGGUACUCAUUAGAACUGGUAAAAGUCAUACGCCAACGGAGGAAAUGAAUCUCAUUACGUAAAAGUGAUCUCUUUAUGUCGAUACUAAAUAUUUCCUCGAAGUAUGCGAUAAAGAUUCUAGAUAAAUAUUAUACAAUUAGUUUCGUAUGUAAGAUUUUUAAGUGACACACGGUAUAAUUGGAAAGAAAUAACGCCAAGUACAUUUGUCGAUACUUUGACGAUACAGUUGUUAAUGAACUUCUGUGAUGAAAGUGAAAGUAUUUUUUUUUUUUUGUUUUUCUUUCUAAUGUAUUACACGUACUUAUAUAUUUUCUAAUAGGUGAUCCUUGUUCUUUUUUUUCGUGGACCAGUAUAAUAUCGUAGCUUCCUAAAAUAUAAUUUUUAUAUUAGAAAAGAAAUAAUGAAAAUUUGUUAAAAACAUAUCAUAAAUAUUUACUCGUACGACAAGGACUGAUAUAUGCAACACAUAUAUAUGCUUUUAUGCAUGCUUGUAUGAGGCUACGUUGAACAAAUUUAUAGCCAAAUUGAAGCUGAUACCGUUUUUAUGAAGUUCCUGUAUUCUAUUAAUAAAAUUUUUAUUGCUUAUUUAAAUUGCUAUAAAUUUAGAUCAAAUACAUAGACCCCAUGCGUUUAAAUAUUUUUAAAUAUAUUAUCUACUUUAUAUGGACGUAUGGUAAGCUCUUUCUAAAAUUAUUAAAAAUUAUACGUCAAGGUAUUCUCCAGAAAUUGUAUUCGUUGUACUUGUAAAUAUGUAAUAAAUUAUUUAUUCCACAAACACUCGAUCGCAGAACUUCAAAUACAUCAUGUAUUUAUUAAGAAUAUAUUCUCUUAAAAACACAACAAAUUCCAUUUAAACAUUGUAUUUGUUAUGAUAAAAAUGAAAAUAUAUUUUCGAACAAAAUAAACGUUUGUUUUUUUUUUUUUUUACUUUGUACAAUACAAUUUCCCGUGAGAUAACCUAUCCUAACAGGAAAUGAGUAUCGGAGAAUUUUUGAUGGAAUAAUAGAGUAAAAAUUUAUUAUUUAUAAUACAAUAAAAUAUAUUUAUAUAUA